AUGAACCAGAAGCAUGCGCAGCCGACUUCGCCUGAAAUUACACCCUCCCACCAAUUUGGAAUUCUGACGAAGAGCAUGGAGGCGCAUACAUCGGAACAUGCAAGAUUGGAGAAUUCACGGCAGAAGUGGCAUUUUACUAAGAAGAGUCAAUACAUAGCGAGGCUUUUGCUUAUCGCGAGCCAAAUAACAACGGCGAAAGAUCUCAUCACAAAGGAGUUGAUGAACGUCGCCGAGAUCAAUUUGAACUAUCGUCUCAGACCCAGAAAAGAGUCCCUUUCCGACCUAUCCUUCCGACCUUACGAAAUUUACCAACGACCAGCGUCUUAUAUUAUGGUCAUGAUUGCCACAGAAUUAGCAAUUUUUCUGGCAGAACGUUCCGACUCGGCAUAUUAUCGUCUUGGGGUCACAGCCCUGCCCUCCGACAUAGCCGUCCACCAAAAAAUACGAAGGUCCCAUCAUAUUCAAGACUUCAUGCUAGACACCUUGCUAAUUUCACCAAAGCGUGGAGGACUGCUAGGUGCUGUCGCAGAGGAGAAUUGGGCAACUAAUGGAAUGACUGUGUUACAAGAGAUCGAACAGCUUGAAAUGCAAUCGAGUGAAGAACAUGGUCCCUGGACGGCGUUCAGUUCACAAAGGAGCAGGAGAAGCAAGAAACCAAAUGCUACAGCUUUUCCUGAGAAAAUACGAGUAGGUUUUCCGCCUCUGAGAGUGGGUACACCUUUACAUUAG